CUCCUCAAAAACUUGGCUUCUAAUAAUUCUCCCCCAAACUAGGGUUUACAAAUCCGAGAUUGUAAAAAAAUGGAAGGCAGCAAAAGCGAAGCAGUGUUCGAUUCAAUGGAUCUAAACCCUCAGCUUUUCAUCAACGAAACCAUCAACUCCAUCGACUAUUACCUCGACUCAGCCUUCGACUUCUAUGCCCAUGAAGCAUCAAAAUUUAUCAAAAUCAAUGGAUCUGAUACAACAAAGUCCCAAGAUUUAUCAAACGGUAUUGAACGUGUUCGUGGGUUGAUUCAAUCUGUUAUGGACAAACGUAUGGAGUUGUGGGAAGGUUAUUGUGUUAAGUUCUGUUUUGCUGUUCCUGAUGGGUUUGUUUUGCCCAAAAGUGACGAGGAGGUUCCUGUUUACUCUGACCAGGGUAGACAAGAUGGGUUAUUAUAUGAGCAAGAGUUGGAUUCACAAUUGGAUUCUUUAAGGCUUAAGCUUAGUUUGGUAGGAAAGAGGUCUGAUGAACUCAACUCCGAGCUCCAGGCUUUGGAAAGGAUUUCGGUGUCGAGGGAACGGUCUGUGAGGCUUGUUAAUGAGGCUUUGGAGAUUUAUGAUGAGUCUUCUGUUGAUGAAAUGUUCAAAGAGAUGGCGAAAGUUGCAUCUGAACUUCGUGCAGGGGUUGAUAGACUGAAAACAAAAAGAAUGAAAGCCAGUGAAAGCGCUAAAGUGGAGAGACUAAAGAACCAUGGCAAAGAGUUUUCGGCAAUGACUUUUGAUGGAAAGCUUGAAGACCUCGAAAAGUUUCAGGCCGAGUUAAGGAAGAUGUAAAAAAACCUUUGCAGGAAAACAAAUUAUGGUUUGUCAAAGAUAAUGGCUCUUAACUUGAAUCUUUUUGUAAAUGACUAACUUGGCAUCUGCUCUUUAAAGACUACGUUGCUUUUAGGCUUACCAAAGUACCAAA